CUCGUUUGUUUGAGCCAUUUAAAAGUGUAAAACUCUUAAACUUAAUGUCUCGGUAUUUUUUUUACAACUUUAAUGACUGCCGCGAGAGUUUUAUAGCAUGCUGCCUCGUCUGCAGGCUGACUGAAAUCAGACAGAAACCAAGCGGAAUACACCCCAAAAUGAUCCGGAUUAUUGAUCAGGAGCAGAACAAAGUUCAGCAACAGUUGACUGACUUUCUGGCCAAUCUUAGCCUUAGAGGCGGGGGAUAGAAAAUGUGCAAGAUGAUACAUAUGUGCUUCAGUGGCUGUGAGAAGAAGGCGAAGUCGGCAGAGGAGGACUAGCAGGAAAGAGACUUUUUGGAAAAGAUGGUUUCUAUUAAGUCGCCGUCUCUCGUGCCGGUGUCCCGCGCGCAGGCUCUGCUCGGCGUGAGCUGCUUGGCCGUCGCCUUCCUGGCUUUCCUGCUGGUUCGCCAGCUCGUCAAGCAGAGACGACCCCCGGGCUUUCCUCCUGGUCCAUCUCCCAUCCCUGUGAUAGGGAACAUUCUGUCUCUGGCCACCGAGCCGCACGUCUUUCUCAAGAAGCAGAGCGAAGUUCAUGGACAGAUUUUCAGUAUUGACCUGGGAGGCAUCUUGACCGUGGUGUUAAAUGGAUAUGACUGUGUCAGGGAGUGCCUUUACAAUCAGAGCGAGGUGUUUGCUGAUCGCCCAUCGCUGCCUUUAUUCAAGAAAAUGACCAAAAUGGGUGGGCUUCUCAAUUGUAAAUAUGGCAAAGGCUGGAUUGAACACCGUAAACUGGCUUGCAACUCUUUCCGUUAUUUCGGAAGUGGCCAGAGGCUGUUUGAGAGGAAGAUCUCAGAGGAGUGCAUGUUCUUUGUUGAUGCCAUUGACAAGCACAAGGGAAAACCCUUCAACCCUAAACACCUCGUGACAAACGCUGUGUCCAACAUCACCAACCUGAUCAUUUUUGGACAGCGGUUCACCUACGACGACCGCAACUUCCAGCACAUGAUUGAGAUUUUCAGUGAGAACGUGGAGCUGGCGGUGAGCGGCUGGGCCCUCCUCUAUAAUGCCUUCCCUUGGAUCGAGUAUGUGCCCUUUGGAAAACACCAGAAGCUGUUCCGCAAUGCUGCCGAGGUGUAUGACUUCUUACUGCAGGUCAUAAAAGGUUUUUCACAGGGCAGGGUGCCACAUGUACCUCGCCACUAUGUUGAUGCCUAUUUGGACGAGUUGGAGCAGAACGCAGGAGACCCCACUUCCUCUUUUUCCUACGAGAACCUCAUCUAUUCAGUGGGUGAGCUCAUUAUUGCCGGCACAGAGACCACGACUAACACCCUGCGCUGGGCCAUACUGUACAUGGCUCUCUACCCCAACAUACAAGAGAGGGUGCACAGGGAGAUUGACAGCGUGCUGGCCAAUGGGAGGCCGCCCACUUUGGAGGACAAACAGAAGAUGCCCUAUGUGGAGGCUGUUCUGCACGAGAUCCUUCGCUUCUGCACCAUUGUUCCACUUGGUAUUUUCCGUGCCACCUCCCAGGAUGCAAAUGUCAACGGCUACAUCAUUCCCAAAGGCACCAUGGUGAUCACCAACCUCUACUCUGUGCACUUUGAUGAGAAGUACUGGAACGAUCCAGGUGUUUUCUCACCAGAGAGGUUCCUGGACAGCAAUGGCAACUUUGUUAGGCGAGAGGCCUUCCUGCCAUUCUCCUUGGGGAGGCGUCACUGCCUGGGUGAACAGCUGGCCAGGAUGGAGAUGUUCCUCUUUUUCACCACUUUGUUGCAGAGGUUUCAUCUUCAGUUCCCUCUAGGAACCAUUCCCACUGUCACUCCCAAACUGGGCAUGACCCUGCAGCCCAAACCUUACUCCAUCUGCGCUGUCCGCAGGCAGCAGAAAACUCCCUGCUCUGGAGCCGCUUAUUACAAGUAGGCAAGCAGGCAUUUAAUAUAGCUUGUUCAACUGUUGUUCAACUAUUUUGCACAGCAAUGCAACCACGUGACACAGGUGCAUGGAACUGUAACAUUCUGGACUGUCAUGUCCAGUUCUGGUGCAUUUCAGUUUUUCCAAAGGACUUUCAGUGGCUCUUUGCAGAUGGAUAUGUGGUCCAGUUAAUACAGUUACAAUCAAAUCUUGUACUGAGCAAUAUGCAUAUUUGCACAAUCCCUUGAUGUAGCUGGGGAGGUGAAAGACUCUGUGCUGAAGGGGGAUCCUGGGUACAUGCGUGUGCUAUUGAUUUAGUUCUCUGUAGCUCAGAGCUGCUCUGAGCUCAGACAAUGUCUAUGAGCCUUGAUGCAGUAGCAGUGGGUUAGGUAUAUGUCAAUGAUUGACAGUAAAUACACCUAUGAUGGUUCAUAGCCCUACCUUCUCAGGAAAACUUCAGGUCAGACGAAUCAUAUGUGUGGGUCGAAAAUGGACUUUCCAAGAAAGUUCUGAUCACUGUAUGUUGGAACUGGACUCGGGCCAAGAUUUACGUCAUCAGGGCUGGCUGUGACUCCCUUCUGCAGGGACAGCGCUCUGUGGAAAAUCUGUCUCUCAGAAAGCAAAUGCAACCCUGGUGGAAUUCUAGAAACUGAUUGCAAGACCAGUUUCUGCUAAAUGGUGCUUAUCAGUACUAACAAAGUACUACAUUUAUG